AUGGCAGAAGAUUCUGCGUUACCGUCGAAGUUCGGUGUGCAUAUCAUACCGUUGAAAGGGAAACCCCUAGCCACAGCCACCUUCUUUCCAGAAGAAUUGGAAAAGCUAGCAGCAAAGAACGGCGGAAAAGCCGGGUCACUAGCGCUACAACACCUGAAAUUUAAAUUGCCAAAAGGAUCACAUUUCUGUUUCGCCGAGGGAGAAGAGAUAGAUGACGACACAUCUAUCGCAAGUUACUUUGAGUUCAGUCCCGAAUCCGGAGAAGAACCUAAGGACUCUAUCAGUAAGAAGGUCCAAAUUAUCAAGAUAUGGUACUCGGUUGUGGAAGAACCAUUAAAAGAGAAAAAAGAUGAUGUGUCCACUAAGCAGGACGAAACGCCCGCAAAGAAGCAAGGCGACAAAGAUAAACCAAAGGCGGGUAAAGCGGGUAAGAAGGAGAAAGUCGAAGAACCAGAAGAAGAAGAAGAAGAAGAAGAAUCACAGAUUAGCAAGUCAAGACUCUUCAAAGAGGGUCGGUUGACGGAUACACCUAAAGACCGAGGGAAGCUGAGUGAAAGGUCUGUGAAAGAUCUCGUAGAAUCAGUUGGCGGGGAUGUCAGCAAGAUAAAGCCAGGUGAUUUUCAAGCCAGCGGGUUACGCAACAUGAAAGCCGCAGACUGGAGGAAAGUACAAGACAACCUGCAAUACAUGUGUGGUUACUAUCCAAGUUCCGAUAAAAAGAAGUUUCUCACAGCCCCUUCUCCUGCAUUCAGACUGGUGAAUAAAUCCGAUCGAAAGCCCGAACCGACACCUCAAAAGGGGAUUUCCUCCGUUUCCGAAGCGGUAUUGGAUGAUACCGCUGUUGAAAGGGAAAUCCCACGUUUCCAUACCGCAGGUCUCAAGACAACAAUUGACGUUCAGUCGUACAGGUCUGAAGAGGAUAUAGAACAUACUCUUAGCGGUUUCAACAGCAAGAAUUCCAAAAUUGCUUUGGGGAUCGAGACGCCACGAAUACAGGCGGGUAUUUCUGCCAGUCAAGGCUCGACUAAAGAGACCGCAUCCAGGGAGACAACUACUAGAUCAACCAAUAAAGUAGUUGCGAGCUGGUCUAUUCCGGUUGUGGAACUCGUGUUGACCCGAGCAUCAACUGAAAUUCACCCAGAGUGCCAACAACGCUUACGAGAGCUGAAGACAAAUGGGACAUAUGCCAAAGCCGUUGACUUCCUGAAAGAUUAUGGUACCACUUACUCUACACGAAUUAUACUGGGAGGUAGACUUUACAGUAGUCAAGAUGUAUCUGCAAACACGAAAGAAUCGGUUUCAGAAGCUGAAUCAACCUUCAAAAGAUCAGUCAACGCUAACAUCGCAGGUGGAAGUGGGCCAGUAUCUGUCAAAGCUUCAGGAAGUCACAACACUGAAAGUGGGAGUGCAAGCUCAAGCCUGAAUAAUAGCUCUGCCGAGUCCACCAAGCUCGCUUGGACCGCUUAUGGCGGCGAAGGCAUCUUUGCGCAAGGCCCAGUCGAUUGGCUCCCCACGGUAGCCAACUUCAAUAACUGGCAGAUAAUCGAGCACGUGGAAGUGACAAGUCUUAUCCAUGCUUUCGACGAUUAUGCAGGGUUUCAAAACACAUCAUCUAAUCUAUUGGCGCUUCUAGCACCUGCUUCUCUCAUUAAGCCUGCCGCGUUGCCAUGGUUGUCGUCAAUGUACAACGCAGUGAAUGAGUAUGAGGAGAAGAUCGGCUGUAUCGGACACUCAUUCUCAUCUGUCGACCUUCCGAAGCCCUUCAAGAAACCCUUUACCGUGAAGGAGUCUAACGUUUAUCAAGAGGCUGCUUCAGAGCAGAAUUCGCUUGCAGAAUGGACAUUUCUCAAAACCAAUCAAGCCGUAGAACUUUACGCUCAAAAGAAAGUAGAAAGACCCACAACAGAAUACGGCGUAGUGCCCUUCCCUGAACAACUCACGUACUUGGAUGUGUCUGAGCGAUCUUUCACUGUGAUUCUCCGUGUUCAAGGACCAGAAAUGGCCUCAAGGGCUGAUCCUAUCAAUCUCAUCUGGACCACUGAAGCGCUAGAAGCCAUCACAGCUGGGAAAGAAGACAAGAAAGCUUUCAAUGCUAAGUAUGGUGAUCGAUUCAUCACCGGGUGGACUUUACAACGUUCAAUGUAUGCGAUUUUCCGGAUAUCUUUUGACAGGCUCCGAGACUUUGAUAAGGCUGCUGGUUUCGUAGAUUACGAUAAAUUGGAAGAAAAAGGCAUUCAGGAUGGACUGGACUGGAUGAGAAUUCUUAUUUUCCUUAAGGGCGUGAACGCAAGUGCCACCGUAUUGACCAGUAGCUGGGAUGAUAGAGGUUACUUGGCUGAAGAGUACAAUUCAUUGAAUACCUCAAUGUUCGAUACGAUAGUCACCAAGAUGAGCAGUAUUAAGAACGCACAAAGCAUCCCAACCAAGGUCUUCAGCAACUCUUUCAUAGAACUUCUCCCAGAUUUCAACUUCCCCCCGCAAUUCACACUUACUCCACAGGAUCCCGAAGGUUUGGAAAUAAAGCGAAAGGAGUGUAUAAUCUACUUUGCCAAGACUGCGGCAAACGCAAGAUUUCCCGUUCUGCAAGAGGGCUCGGAAGUCAAAAAGGAUAUUGAAGAAAAGAUUCGAGGCAUCGCAAGAAGGAUUCGAGAACAAGAGAGAUCAAUGAAAGGUCUUGGAUAUCCCGUCGAAAAAGUCAUCGAUUUCAAGGAAAGGAUUGACUACUUACGAAAGGAUGCGGAAGAUCAACUGGCUGCUUGCGGGUGGGUCAGACAGAGCAUAUCCGCUGAGAGGGAAUUCUUCCGAAGUGGUACUAACGCAAGAAACACUCCCUCAAAUUGGGCGCCCCAUGAAGCCGAUCGGCGUGAACACAAGGACGCCGUUGACCGAGUCAACGAGACAAUUCACAGACCGGAAGAGCUCCGUAUCGAUUAUGAGUGGUCGACCUUUUCAGCUCCGGCUGAUGAGAAUUAUCUCAGAGUCAGUCCUCCAGGAAACAACUGGAAGCUCGUUGGGUGGGAGAUGGUCAGUCAUAAUGGGAGUGAAUAUGGCGGGGGGAGCUGGUACCCUGCUGUGGAUAGAGGCGGGAUGCAAUUCCGCCCACCAAAGUGGGAGAGUGAUGAGGACCUUUUCGUCUGGAAGCGUAACCCAUACAUCAUCCACCAUCGGGCUGACCUGAAAUCCCAUCAUUGGGGAUUGAAAACAUGGUGGUUAUCUACCGGCUAUUAUCCUUUGAAAGAAGACCUUCUGUUCGAUUUUAAAAUCGACGGAAAAGAUCACAGAAAAAGUGGAUUGACAUUUGGGCCGUGA